AAUCCCAAGAUGGCCACCACCAAAAUAUUUUGGUGUUUCUUGUUACAAAUUACUUAGAAUUUGGUGGUUUUCUGUGGCUGUUGUCAUCACAGGCAUGAUGGCGAGGUUUGAUUUCAGCCGUAGUGUAAUGGAGAAGAUUCUGAGGCGAGCUUUCCUUGACGGAGUCAUCGAGCUGUACGAAAACUCUCCAGAUGGGCGAAUCCAUUCUGUUGCCCUAGAAGGGACACUGUCAUUAACCAUCAACAAAACAGAUUCAUUUAACAUUAAGUUGUAUGAAAUUGCCCAACGAGCACAAGAAAUCGACAGUGACAGAAAGGACCACCAUCAUCUGUCCGUGGUCGCGGGUCACUCUCAACCCUCGUCCCCUGCUCCUGUGUCCAGCAGCGAAGUUGCCAAAGCCAAAGUGAAAAUUGAACCCGACGAGAAACAGGAAAUAAAAUACUCUUGUACAGGAAAGGACAUUUCAGAGCAUGACUGUGAUACUCAUCCAUGUGAUUCUCAUCGAACUUUGAAAGAAAUUUUGAAUAGGAGAAACAUUUCUGAAAUUGCUCAUGAUUUAAGUAAAAGCAAGAACUCGGCCAGUGUGGAAAAAGAAUCUCGAUCUCGAGAACAGUCACCUUUAUCACCGGGACUUAGUUUAGGAAAAGAAACCACACCGUCAUGGCUGUCUGUUUUGGACAAAGUUGAAAAACAGUCUACAUCUUGUUCCGAUGUUUUACGGAAUAUUGUCAGAACAGCUUCCAGUGAGCCCAAAGAAGGAUAUUCCCCUUCCCUUCCUCGAACUCAAGAUGUAAAAAAUCGAUAUGCCAUGCAGAUGUCAUUGUCAGAUAGCGUGAAGACAACUGAGUCAUUAGAUUCGCAGUUGAAGAGCGAUAGAAAUUCUGGUGCUGGAGAUAGACAUCAACAGCCGGAGAUGUCUGAAAGAUGUAGCGAAGAUGUGGAGCUGGAGAGAAUGGCAGACAAACAUAGGCGUGACCAGGAAACUGAAGACAGCGAUGAAGAACCUGAUCUGAUUGUGAUAGAAGAUGAUGAGGAAGUCACAGUGAAGAAGGAGACCACAGACUCCUCCAAGUCUUGUUCCAACAGUAAGGAUCUCACUGCCAUUGAACCUGGGGAGGUAUGGAGUGGAGCUAAACCACCCCUUAUGUCCCCGCUAGACGACCAACACACUCUCCCUGAGAUGUUUGUCACAGCUUGCCCGCUCUGUCAGGUGUUCUGCCAAGGCCGGGAAGUGUUCCUGAUGCACGUGGAUGCCCAUCGCCAGAGCUACGAACGUGUUUGUCUCAUCUGUUCCCAAGCUACCCUUCCCCUUGAGAGCCUUCUCUUUCACCUUGUUUCGAUCACGGUCCCCGAAGUCCCACUGCUCUCUUACAGCAGAGUCAGCUGGUAGCCACUGCUGAGUCCACGGGGGAGAUCAAGUGCUACCAGUGUGACCGUAGCUUCUCCACCAUGGCGUUGCUGGAGCAGCAUCUCGAGUCCCAUGCCAGUCCCGUAUCCCAGUCUAGUCCCAAGAUGCCUGACAUCAGCGCAGGAAUGAGCAGCUAUAGCUGUGAACUUUGUGGGGAGGUCUUCCUCGAUCCAGGUCUCUUAGCAAAUCAUCAUCGGAGGCAGCAUAUGGGUCAGUCAACAUCAGUAGUCAUCACGGAUGAGGAUUCUCAAGGUAUGUCCGAAUGUGGAGCAGACCAUGACGAAGGUGGAUCAACGUCUGGAACUCCCAACAAACCCCUCCCCUUCCUUUGCCAGCACUGUGUCCGGUCAUUCCGGUCAUGGAGGAGUCUGAAAUACCAUCUCCUCACCUGUCACGGACUUCAACAUUCGUGUGACGUCUGCAUGGAUGCCUUCCCGACCAUGCUCUCGCUUCAGCAGCAUGAACUGAGUCACAAUGACAAUACAACCAAGCCUGUCUACAGAUGCACCAUCUGCAACAAGAUGUUCGGCUCACUCACACACUGCACGUCGCACAAGCGAGUCCACACAACAUCGAAGCCCCACGUCUGUGAUACCUGUGGCAGCUCGUUCUUCAAGCGAGGCGACCUCACCAAGCAUGUCCGCACAGUGCAUUGCCCCAACAAGCAUUUUGUGUGCAAGGUCUGUGGUCGUACUGGCACAAGGGCAGACAACAUGCGAGUACACGUCAAGAUACAUCAGAAGUUCAUGACCCGUGAUCAGAUUGACCUCCUCAUCGAUGAGGUGUACAAAACUUAAACUGCCAUGAACAUAAAUUGGUGCAGAAACCAACAGAUUGUUUCUCAAAUAUGCUGCAGCUGUGAGACUUUGUUAUUAAUAUAUAUUGCUAUUAUUUUGGUUUACUUUAUGCCAAACAAUAUGAACAUUAUUGAUUUUUUCCAAUAUAUUCUGUCUUUCAAAUUUUUUCAGAAAUGCUUUAUAUAUUUCACAUCUCAGAAGAAUGUAGAUUUUGGUCAAGCAAAUAGCCAUUGUUCAGGGAAGGGGAAAAGUUUAUGGUUCUUUACCUUACCUUCUCUGUAGUUUUUUGUAAAAAAUCAGAAAAUAAUUUAGCCUUGUUUCACUACAAUGUUGAAGAACUAGGACAGUGACAAAACACCUCACAUUUGGUGUAUCGUGAUAUGUUGUCACA